AUGCAGCUCCUGGCACUCCUCACCCUUUGCCUGAGCCUCUGGAAAAGACUCAGCACUGCUGUCGUCCCAGAGGCGGAGAAGAAUCCAUCCUACUGGAAUAAUCAGGCGGCUGCAGCCAUCGAGAGCUCCUUCAAGAUCCAGCCCAGAAUAAGUCAAGCCAAAAACCUCAUUCUCUUCCUUGGGGAUGGAUUCGGGAUCCCCACCCUCACAGCCACCCGCAUCCUAAAGGGACAGGAGAAGGGGAAGCUGGGCCCCGAGACCCCCCUUGCCAUGGAUGCUUUCCCCUACGUGGCUCUCUCCAAGACGUACAACGUGGACCGGCAGGUCCCUGACAGCGCGGGGACAGCCACAGCCUACCUCUGCGGCGUGAAGGGCAACUACCAGACGGUGGGGCUGAGCGCAGCUGCCCGCUAUUCGCAGUGCAAGACCACGGCGGGCAACAAGGUGGUCUCGGUGUUGGAGCGAGCCCGCAAAGCUGGGAAGGCGGUGGGCGUGGUGACGACUACGCGGGUGCAGCACGCAUCUCCCUCGGGGACCUAUGCCCACGUGGUGAACCGUGACUGGUACGCGGAUGCCAGCAUGCCCAUGGAUGCCCGCCUCCAGGGCUGCAAGGACAUCGCCUGGCAGCUGGUCCACAACGUCGACAUCAAUGUGAUCUUGGGGGGUGGUCGGAAAUACAUGACCCCCAUGGGAACACCAGACCCCGAGUAUCCUACCUACAACAUGACAAACGGGAUACGUGAGGAUGGGAAAAACCUCAUCAACAUGUGGCUGGAGGCACGCCCGGGUGCCCGCUAUGUCUGGAACAAGACGGAGAUGCUGGCCGCUGCUGCAGAUCCCAGCGUGAAAUAUUUGAUGGGUCUAUUCGAACCCGUGGACAUGAAGUACAAGCUGGUGCGCAACACCACCACAGACCCGUCGCUCACCGAGAUGAUGGAGGCGGCCAUAACCAUCCUGAAGAGGAACCCCAACGGCUUCUACCUCUUCGUGGAAGGCGGCAGAAUUGACCAUGGCCACCACGACGGUGCAGCCCAUAAGGCACUGACGGAGGCGGUGGAGUUCGACGAGGCCAUCGAGCGGGCGGGUGAGCUGACAGACGAGGCACAGACCCUCACUGUUGUCACCGCCGACCACUCGCACGUCUUCUCCUUUGGUGGCUACACCCUGCGCGGCUCCUCCAUCUUCGGUGUGGCCCCCAGCAAAGCCACUGACCAGAAGAACUACACGUCCAUCCUCUACGGGAAUGGGCCGGGUUACCAGGGUGGCGUCCGGCCCGACAUCAACGAUGAGAAAGCCAACCAGUACGACUAUUUGCAGCAGGCAGCUGUGCCCCUCGACUCAGAGACCCACGGCGGUGAGGACGUGGCCAUCCUGGCCAAGGGCCCCAUGGCCCACCUCUUCCACGGGGUGCAGGAGCAGACCUACGUGGCCCACGUCAUGGCCUAUGCCGCUUGCCUCGAGCCAUACACUGCCUGCCGCCAGCGGGGCUCUGCUGCCGGUGCCCACGCCAGCCCCCUGGCCCUGCUCCUGCCCACCCUCCUCCUGCCCCUCUUCUACUGA